GCGGCGGCUCCCGCACGUUCCGGUCACGCACCGUGAGCGCGAGCGCUGCUGCUGGAGUCGGUGCGGCACGAGCGUGGACGUUACAGAGGCGAGUCAUCAUGAAUUACCUGCGCAGGCGUCUGUCGGACAGCAGUUUUGUAGCCAAUCUGCCCAACGGCUACAUGAUGGACCUGCAGCGUCCUUCCAGCUCCAGCAGCUCUCCAGCAUCUCCGGCCACAGAGCGCCGCCCGCCGCCGGCCCCAGCCCCGGCCCCUGCCCCGGGCCCCGCGGGCUUCCUCAGCUCCUUCUCCAGCGUGGUGAAGACGGCUCAGAUCGCCAGCGCUGUUCAGGCCAAAGCCUCCGCCGCGCACGCAGACGCCGCUAAACCCGCCGAACGCAAACCCAAAGUCCUGCUGGUCAUCGACGAGCCGCACACAGACUGGGUGAAGUACUUCAGAGGACGGAAGCUGAACGGCGAGUAUGAGGUCCGCGUGGAGCAGGCGGAGUUCUCGGAGAUCAAUCUGGUGUCGGAUGUGAACUCCGGCUGUACGGUGGACAUGCAGGUGAACCGCGGAGGAACUAAAGUGGUCAGAUCGUUCAGGCCAGAUUUCGUGCUGGUUCGUCAGCACGCCUACAGCAUGACCCCGGGAGAGGACUUCAGGAACCUGGUGAUCGGCUUGAACUACGGCUCCGUUCCCAGCGUUAACUCGCUCUUCUCCAUCUACAGCUUCUGCAGCAAACCCUGGGUGUUCUCUCACAUGAUCAAGCUCUACCAGACUCUGGGUCCAGAGAAGUUCCCGCUCAACGAGCAAACCUUCUUCCCCAACCACACGCAGAUGCUGCCCACCGCAUCACUCCCAGUGGUGGUGAAGAUGGGACACGCCUACUCCGGCAUGGGCAAGAUAAAGGUGGAGACGGCCAGUGAUUUCCAGGACAUCACCAGUGUGGUGGCCAUCGCUAAAACCUACGCCACAGCCGAGCCCUUCGUCCACUCCAAAUACGACAUCCGCAUCCAGAAGAUCGGCAGCAACUACAAAGCCUACAUGAGGACAUCCAUCUCAGGGAACUGGAAGGCCAACACAGGUUCAGCCAUGCUGGAGCAGAUCGCCAUGACGGACAGGUAUCGUCUGUGGGUGGACUCAUGCGCGGAGAUGUUCGGAGGUCUGGACAUCUGCGCGGUCAAAGCCGUCCACGGCAAAGAUGGCAAGGACUACAUCAUAGAGGUGAUGGACAGCUCGAUGCCUCUGAUCGGAGAGCAUGUGGAGGAGGAUCGGCAGCUGAUCUGUGAUCUGGUCAUCAGUAAGAUGGCCUUCGCUCUGCUGGGAGUGAUCACACCACAAACAUCCACGAAGACUCAACCUGGACCGCAGACGACUCAACCGAGACGAGCUCCAGGUGAACAACACGCUCAAUCUGCACACGCCAGCGGUGGUCCUCAUUCAGGCUCUGGUUCUCCGUCUCAGUCGGGUCAGGCGUCUCCUCAGCGCGCUCGAUCUGCCACCACCUCUCCCAGUCAGGCCUUCCAGCCCGGGCCCAUUCCCUCCAGCGGAGCCGGAUCCCAGAAACAACCCGCGCAGCUCAAUAAAUCGCAGUCGCUCACCAACACCUUCAGCGAGACGCUGCGUGGAAACCUGACGGACGACGAGGCAAAAGCAGAAACCAUCCGCAGCCUCCGCCAGUCCUUCGCCAGCCUGUUCUCCGACUAACACACACACACACACACUCACACACACACACUCAUGCUGGUCUGGCGGCGGCGCGUCACGUCUGUGUGUUUGAUCAGUUACAGUUCGUUCGGUUGUGUGGCGUCUUUAAUAAUCUGCCGUCAGACAAACACGUGAGCUGCCAUCAAUCCUUCAUAUCUCAUGUUCUGUUUUAAUGGAAAAACCAGCGACUCUCAACUUAAAACAAGCUUUGAAAUAAGUCACAUUUAUUUCUAUAGCGCUUUAUACAAUACAAUGCAGCUUCAUGGAAAAAAACAGGAAAAUAACUGGAUGCAAACUUCAUCAAUAACUCAGCUGUUUAGAACACAAAAGUAUCAUUAUUCAGAUCAAUUCAGUUCAAUAACAGUGUCAGUGUUGCAAAAUAUGUCCAUUUUAAGCUAAUAAAAAACCAUAAAGGCCAAAAUUCAAGAUGAAAACUGACGUUCUUAUUUUUAUAAUUUUUUUAUUUU